AUGACAGAGCUCACCGAGGAGAAAACCGUGGACGUUCAUCCGACCACGCAACCCGAAGCCCCCGAGGACCCCAGCAGCAGCAGCGGCAGCAGCAGCGACAGCAGCAUCGCCGAACAUGCAGGCGUCAACGAAAAGGCGCUGCUCCGCAAACUGGAUUACCGACUUCUGCCCCCGUUGACAAUCUUGUACCUGCUGUCGUUUCUCGAUCGGAGCAAUGUGGGCAAUGCCCGGCUGGAAGGCAUGGGCACCGAUCUCGACAUGUCAGGAGACCAGUACCUCACCGGCCUGACGCUCUACUUCAUCGGCUACGUGCUGUUCGAGGUGCCGUGUAACAUCAUCCUGAAGAAGACCACCCCGCGGACCUGGCUGCCGACGCUCACGCUGGUCUGGGGCGUUGUCGCGACGCUCUGCGGCGUGGUGCAGAACUACGCCGGGUUUCUGGUGUCGCGAUUGGCCCUCGGAAUCGCCGAAAGCGGCCUCUUCCCCGGCGUAGUCUUCUAUCUGAGCAUGUGGUACAAGCGCAACGAGCAACACUACCGCGUCGCGCUGUUCUUCAGCGCCGCCUCGCUGGCGGGCGCCUUCGGGGGGAUUCUCGCCUGGGGAAUCGCCCACAUGCGCGGCGUAGGAGGCUACAACGGCUGGCGAUGGAUCUUCAUCCUCGAAGGCCUCCUCACCAUCCUAACGUCCCUGGCCGCCUACCUCUGGGUCUUCAACUACCCGUCGAGCGCCGAGUUCCUCACCGACCAGGAACGGAGCUACAUCCAGCACCGGCUCAAGCACGACAGCGACGCCACGCGCCACGAGACCUUCCGCUGGAACGCCGUGGGCCACGCCUUCCGCGACCCGAAAGUGUGGUUAUACGGACUCGCCUUCCACACCCUGUCGCUGCCGCUGUACACGCUGUCGUUGUUCAUGCCAACCAUAAUCCAAACCCUGGGGUACACCGCCGCGCAGGCCCAACUC